AUGAAUAAACUAAUUCACUUUGAAGAAAACUUAUCUGAAGAACUUCUCGAUGAGGAUGUCUCUGUAUCAAGAUUAAACAUGUCUCCUAACAUUGAAAAGAAUAUGACUGGGUCUGCAUUCCAUUCCAGCCAUGGCUUCAUGAAACUGGAUGAUAAUGAGUCAUGCUCAGAGCCUGAUUCUGCAUGCAAAUCUCCAUCCUGUGAAAGCAGUACUCUUGAGGUACCUUUAAAUGGUCUUUCUUGUUCUAAAUCCAAGAAGAAUGAUAGAGCUCAGAGAAUAAGUUUGAGGGAUGAAAUUAAGAAUCUUUUGCAUCAAGCAAUAAGAUUAAGGAGUCUUCCAAAUUACAACAAGAAAGAAAAAUAUGAGGAAGUUCCAGCUCUACGUCGACUUAAUGGAGAAGUCACCAUGAGAGACAUUGAAGCUUCUUAA